AUGGCUAGUGAGGAGAGUUUUGUUGUUUUGGUUCACCACAGAGGAUCCAUUAAGAGAAAAGCUCGUUCCGGCGUGAAGUUCACAGAUAAGGAUCAUCUCUGUAUUGUCAUGACUCCUACGACGAGCUAUGAUGACCUUGUUAGAUCUGUACUGAUGAAACUCGGUCUAGAAGGUGUGAAGCGAGUUAAGAAGUUUUUCUAUCGCAUUCCAAUCACGAUGCUCCAGGAUACCGUGAAGUAUGAUUGUUUCACGAUUAGUAGUGAUGAAGACUUGCAAGUAAUGUUUCUUUGUCGGUGGCAGUUUCCGGAGGUGAGGACACCAGAGUUGUUGGCAAAGCUGGUUGAUGUGGUAUCCAGCUCAGGGGGUUCGAACCGGAAUACCACCACUUUAGCCACGGCAGCCGGUUCUAGUUCCCGACCUGCCGUUGGUUCUUCCUCCGUCCCUGUGUACCAGCCAGUGGUCCAACCUGUCACCUCUCCGUCUUUUGCUGUUGAUCUCAAUGGCAGCGUAGGCGAUGAGGUAGGUUCAAGGAAAAAUCUGCCGAAUGCUUUACUGGGCGUUGCACCGCUUGGCGUUGGAGACGGAUUGUUGGGUGAUGCAGAGGAGGAUGAUGUCGAGGCGGAUAUGAUUGACGAUGACAGCGGCGAUGAUAUUGGAGCGAGUGAGCCUGCAUUGGCGGUAGGUGGUUCUAGCUCUGGCACACAGCAGUAUCCACCACAUUUUUCCUCUUUGGACUUGGAUGCCAUGAGGCAGGAGGGGGUUUCUGGGCAUUUUGUUGGAUUCGGAGCUAGAGAUGCGGAAGGGACUGCUGGUCUGACAGGGUUCCAGGUUGGUCAGCAAUUUCAGGAUAAAGAUGAGGCCCUGUUAAGUGUGAAGACUUACAGUAUCCGGCGAGGGGUACAGUACAAGGUAGUCGAGUCUGACUAUCGCCGGUAUGUGGACAAGUGUUCUGAGUUUGGGAAUGGGUGCACAUGGUUGAUUCGACUGAGUCUCCGGCAGCGCAAGGGCAUUUGGGAGGUCAAACGAUACAAUGGACCUCACACUUGUCUUGCCACCUCCAUAUCGAGUGACCACAGGAGUUUGGAUUAUCAUGUGAUAUCGGCGUUCAUUAUGCCAAUGGUUAGGGCUGAUGCAUCCGUCAGCAUCAAGGUGCUCCUAAAUGCCACGGUAGCACACUUUGGGUUUAGGCCGACUUACAGGAGGGUUUGGAUGGCAAAGCAGAAGGCUGUUGCCCUCAUCUACGGUGACUGGGAUGAGUCAUACAACGAGCUGCCCAGGUGGGUGUUGGGAGUCCAGUUGACGAUGCGUGGUACUGUUGCAGUCGUAAGGACUAGCCCCGUUCGAGUUGGAGGACAGGUAGACGAGUCUCAAGCUUAUUUUCACAGACUUUUCUGGACGUUUUCAUCGUGUAUCGAGGCAUUCCGUCAUUGCAAGCCGCUAGUCAGCAUUGACGGCACCCAUUUGUAUGGCAAGUACAGGGGAAUGUUGCUCAUCGCAAUUGCACAGGACGGGAACUCCAACAUUCUACUUGUUGCAUUCGCACUAGUAGAGGGUGAGAAUGCUGAGUCUUGGACAUUCUUUCUCUCCCACCUUCGUCAACACAUGACACCGCAGCCGGGUCUGCUGGUUAUAUCGGACAGGCAUAACGGCAUCAAGGCUGCGCUUGAGGCUCCUGACGGAGCUGCUAAUUUUGCCCUUACCUUCAAGGGCAAAGACGCACAGAGGCUUCUUGUGAAUGCGGCGUAUGCCAAGACCGAGGUUGAGUUUGAUUACUGGUUUGAUAUUCUGCGGUCUGAAGACCCGGCGAUGUGUGAGUGGGCGAACCGGAUUGAUUAUUCCUUGUGGACUCAGCAUCGUGACGAGGGGCGGAGAUUCGGUCACAUGACGACGAAUAUCUCCGAGUGUGUGAACUCAGUCCUCAAGGAUGUCAGAAACCUACCUGUAUCCUCGCUGGUGAAGGCAACAUAUGGAAGGCUUGCGGAACUUUUUGUUCGCAAGGGGAGAGAGGCUGAGGCCCAGAUGGGAACCGGACAACAAUUCACGCAGCACUUGGCCAGGUGUAUUGAGGCCAACCUGAAGACGGCGAGGUGCUUCACGGUGACUUUGUAUGACAGGGAUAAUUCCGAGUUUACCGUAGCAGAAACCACUCCGACUGGUUCCUUCUCAUUGGGUAGCUACAGAGUAUCGCUUGCCUCUCGGACAUGUGACUGCGGGUACUUCCAGGCACUUCAUUUCCCGUGUCAACACGCACUUGCAUGUUGUGCCUACUCACGGGUAAACUAG